CGAAUUCGAACAAGCACAAUCGUGAUUGUUUUGCCCGCAAAAUUGCCUUUUCCCGUGCUUUUCUUCUGAAAAACCCGUGAAAAUGUUCAAAUUCGGGUUUGGAACGCCAUCCACAACCCAGCCCGCGGCGUCUGGAACACAAACCUUCGGCGCACCCACACCCGCGCCUUCUUUCAGCGGUUUUGGGGCGACUCCGGCCGCUAAUCCUGCACCCACACCUGGCUUAGCAUUUGGCUCAACUCCCACCACGACUUCCGCUGGAUUUGGUCUGGGAGCAACGGCUCAGCCUUCAUUUGGAUUUGGAAACACCCAGACAACUGCAGCUCUUCCUACCUUUGGAACUCCAGCGUCUGGUGUAGCCCCACUGGGAGGCUUCUCUGGCCUAGCAGCAAAUGCAGCGAAGCCUGCGACGACCACUUUUGGGAUGUCACAGCCUUUUGGAGCUGCUGCAACGACAUCCGCACCCACGCUGUCCUUUAACACUCCGAGUACGUCGACAGGGCUGAAUUUUGGUGCUCCUGCGGCAGCAACCAGUGCUCCUCUGUUCAAUUUCAAUACAACAGCCACUCAGGCUCCUAUCGGAGGAAUUUUGGGCGCCAAGACGUCAGCGCCUUCCUUCAGUUUUCCCACACAAUCCACAGGGGGCAUUUUCGGGGGAGUGCCGACAGCCACAACGGCCACUUCCACGCAGUCUGUUGGCCUUGGCGGGGUAGACAUUGCCACCCAGCCGAAGACGAAUGAAGGAACAGACGCCGCGAAGAUCAAGGAAGCGCAGUUGCCACAGGAAAUCGUGGUGACUGUGAAAGGCCUGGAGGAUCACAUCAAAGAGCAGCGAAAGAGCUCAGACAUUGCGCGGAACUUUGAUCAGAAGCUGAAGAAGGUGGAGAACGAGACUGAGGCCAUUCGACGGACGCUGUCAGAGAUCAGCAACAAUGUGGCCAAGAACUACUCUGCCAUAAAGCAGCUAAAGGCGGACACGAACGAGGCGAUCCAAAACGCCGAGAUGGCGCAGCGCACGCACGAGACACCGAGUGGGCUGCAGUUUGAGAAUACGGCGCCGCUGAAAUACUUUCUGGAUGCCAUUCAGAAGUACGAGAACGAGAUGAUUGUGUUCAGGAAUCAGGUGGCGCUCACGGAGAAGCAUAUGUACUCCCUGAUGACGCCACAAACCUCCACGGCGGAUGAUCUCAAGCGAGGGCUGCAUCAAAUCCAUGAGAGCUUUAUCGCCCUCGCGGGGCGUCUGUACGAAAUCCACCAGAAAGUGGAAGUGCAGAAGGAGCAGUACUUGAACAUGAGGAAGUUCUGUCUGAAAGACUUUACAGAUGUCUUCGAGGAGGCGGAGAAGCGAGAAGAUCCUCGAGAGUUGUCCAAGAUUUCCAAAGGACCCACGCCUUUCUCCACGCUGACUAGUAUAAAUCUCGGGCAAACUGGUGCGCCCACUUCAGCCCCAAACACUCAAGCCGGAGGCUCCUUUGGGGGACUUUUUGGCAACUCUAGCAUGCCUGGAAACAACUCUUCUCUUUUCGGAAUGGGAUCUGGCGGCCUGUUCUCCGGAGGCAAUGACAACAGCUUCAAUCUGCAGAAGCCACCACUGGGGAACAAGAGGAACAAACCAUGAUUUUAUAGAUAUU